AUGCUUGCAUUUUCUGGAUGUGACUAUGGUGGAGGAGAGAAGGAGCAGAAAGAACUGAGCACAAUAAGGAGGAGAUGGAAAACCCUACAUAAAAGCAAUCCUGAUAGGGCCAGGAGGCAGGGGAGAUGCCCGUUAACCCCAGAAGAAGUUGGUCUAAUGCUAAGAGCAUUGGGAUAUGGUUCUGAUGUUCAUAUUUAUGUUGCAUCUGGAGUAGUAUAUGGAGGGGAUGAAACUUUGGCACCUCUCAAAGCAUUAUUUCCUAAUUUCCAUUCAAAAGAAACCAUUACUACCAAAAAAGAAUUAGAACCAUUUUCUUCGUUUUCUUCUCGCAUGGCUGCACUUGAUUUUAUUGUUUGUGAUGAAAGCGAUGUGUUUGUCACCAAUAACAAUGGUAACAUGGCUAAAAUAUUAGCUGGACGAAGGAGAUACUUUGGGCACAAACCAACCAUUCGUCCAAAUGCUAAAAAACUCUACAGAUUGUUCAUGAACAGAAAUAAUUUGACUUGGGAUGUUUUUGCUUCCAGUAUCCGUACUUUCCAGAAAGGAUUCAUGGGUGAGCCAAAAGAGCUUAGACCUGGUAGAGGCGGGUUUCAUGAAAAUCCAUCUACUUGCAUAUGUGAAGAUUCUGUGGCGAAAGCGGCCAAAAAUUCUGGACCUAGAAAGUUUUCAAACAAGAAAGCGAAUGAAGUGGAUGUUGAUGAUAAUGAUAACGGUGAUGAUGAUGAUAACGAUAAUGAUGAUGAUGAUGAUGAUCAAAAUGAUCUUACAGAUAAGGAUAUGUUCAAUGAAACAAUGUCAGACUAUGAAACUCUGAACUUUGAGGAUCCAGAGUUGGAGGAAAUUAUAUCAGACUAG